AUGCACACAAGUUUGAGACGAAUGGCGCAAGCGACAGUAGCAGACGUGAACGCACCCGCAUCAGGACCGUCCACGGGCAUGCCUGCACCAGGCACAGAGGCUGCACGCCAGCAAGUGCCGCCUCAGCUUGAUCCCGACUCGCAAGAUCGAUAUGCAGCCCGUCGGUCAUACUUUGGCAGAUCGGGCUACUCCAUGUCACAAGGACUACAGCGAGCGAGAGCGCCCUUUCGGUUCAGGAAUACGUUGACGGGCAUGGCUCUUGCCGGUUUCAUCACUUCCGUCUACUAUUACUCGAUCAGCGCUGUCAAACAGGAAGACUUUAGCGAUGUUGAGAUCAGCAACCAGCUCGUUGGAGCCACCGGCCACUCGCAAGAGAGCAAUGACACCCUGACGAGUGCGAAUACUGAGCGAGGAGGCUACAUACCUGCCGGCAAUCCUGGCUUGCAAGCGCCGCCGAAAGCAGGAGCAGUACCGCCCGCUCAGCCUGCACAGUCUCGAUCUGGCGAAGGCGCCGUGCCAGAUGCAGUCACACCGUUGCUCAAGCUCGGAUUCGCCGGUCAGGGCACGCCAUCAUGGAUUAAGCCAGCUGACCCGAGUGGUCCUCGGCAAGUGUAA